GGCGGAGCAGGGCCCGGGUGCCGAGCAGCCUGGCAACGGCGGUGGCGCCGGGAUCCCGAGAAGCCCUGGAAAUCUAGUUCACUGCCCGCCUGCUCAGAUUGCAGUGUGGCAAGCCCUGGUAUUUCAUUUGAAGUGAGUUUCCAGAAUGGCCUCUGCAUCGACAAAGUACAAUUCUCAUUCGUUGGAGAAUGAAUCUAUUCAGAGGACAUCUCGGGAUGGGCUCAAUCGGGAUCUUGGUGAGACUGUUCCUCGACUCCCAGGAGAAACGCUGAUUACUGACAAAGAAGUUAUUUACAUAUGUCCUUUCAAUGGCCCCAUUAAGGGAAGAGUUUACAUCACAAAUUAUCGUCUUUAUUUAAGAAGUUUGGAAAUGGAUUCUGCUCUAAUACUUGAUGUCCCUCUGGGUGUGAUCUCAAGAAUUGAAAAAAUGGGAGGCGCGACAAGUAGAGGAGAAAAUUCCUAUGGUCUAGAUAUUACUUGUAAAGAUAUGAGAAACCUGAGGUUCGCACUGAAGCAGGAAGGCCACAGCAGGAGAGACAUGUUCGAGACCCUCACACGCUACGCCUUUCCUCUGGCCCAUAGUCUGCCAUUAUUUGCAUUUUUAAAUGAAGAGAAGUUUAAUGUGGAUGGGUGGACUGUUUAUAAUCCAGUCGAAGAGUACCGGAGGCAGGGCCUGCCCAACCACAACUGGAGGCUAACUUUCAUCAACAAGUGCUAUGAGCUCUGCGACACCUACCCGGCCCUCCUCAUGGUUCCUUAUCGCACCUCAGAUGAAGACCUCAGGAGAGUUGCCGCCUUCAGAUCCCGAAACCGGAUUCCGGUGCUGUCGUGGAUUCAUCCUGAAAACAAGACAGCCAUUGUGCGGUGCAGUCAGCCUCUUGUUGGUAUGAGUGGAAAACGAAAUAAAGAUGAUGAGAAAUAUCUCGAUGCCAUCAGGGAGACUAAUAAACAGAAUUCCAAACUCACCAUCUAUGAUGCAAGACCCAGUGUAAAUGCGGUGGCCAACAAGGCAACAGGAGGAGGAUAUGAAAGUGAUGACGCAUAUCACAAUGCCGAACUGUCCUUCUUAGACAUUCACAAUAUUCAUGUUAUGCGAGAAUCUUUAAAAAAAGUGAAAGACAUUGUUUAUCCUAAUGUGGAAGAAUCUCAUUGGUUGUCCAGUUUGGAGUCCACUCAUUGGUUAGAACAUAUCAAGCUGGUGCUGACAGGAGCUAUUCAAGUUGCAGACAAAGUUUCUUCAGGUAAGAGCUCAGUGCUCGUGCAUUGCAGUGACGGCUGGGACAGGACCGCUCAACUGACUUCCCUGGCCAUGCUGAUGCUGGACAGCUUCUACAGGAGCAUCGAAGGGUUCGAAAUCCUGGUACAAAAAGAAUGGAUAAGUUUCGGACAUAAAUUUGCAUCUAGAAUAGGUCAUGGUGAUAAAAACCACGCCGACGCUGACCGAUCUCCCAUUUUUCUCCAGUUUAUUGACUGUGUAUGGCAGAUGUCAAAACAGUUCCCUACAGCUUUUGAAUUCAAUGAACGCUUUUUGAUUACAAUUUUGGAUCAUCUGUAUAGUUGCCGAUUUGGUACUUUCUUAUUCAACUGUGAAUCUGCUCGGGAAAGACAAAAAGUGCCAGAAAGAACAGUUUCUUUAUGGUCAAUGAUCAACAACAAUAAAGAGAAAUUCAAAAACCCCUUCUAUACAAAAGAAAUCAAUCGAGUUUUAUAUCCAGUUGCCAGUAUGCGUCACUUGGAACUCUGGGUGAAUUACUACAUUAGAUGGAACCCCAGAAUCAAGCAACAACAGCCGAACCCUGUGGAGCAGCGCUACAUGGAGCUCUUGGCUCUGCGUGAUGACUACAUCAAGCAGCUGGAGGAGCUGCAGCUCGCCAACUCUGCCAAGCUUUCGGACCCCCCGACCUCCCCUUCCCAAAUGAUGUCCCAUGUGCAAACUCACUUCUGAGGGGCAACCCUCACCAUUCAUUUGAGCUCAGAAUAAAGAAAAUAGCUGUGGGCAUCUGUACAAAGUAGAUUAAAAUAUUUGCCUCCAUGUAGAACUUGAACUAACCUUAUUUUAAACUCUUGAUGUGCCUUCUAGAAUGUCUAUUACAAGAAAACUACAGUGUCCCCAUGGCAAUCAGAAGAAAGGCACCGAGAAGAGGUUCUGGAAAAUCCUAGCAGCUUUAGAAAGCAGUUUUUGAAAGAUAAAAUUUAAUUUAUCUCUGUAGAAUUGCUACAUAUAUGAUAUGUAUUUUGUGGGCUUAAUUGCGACAGCAUUAUUUUAAAUCAGAGGGGAAAAUGUUUGUCAAAGAGAUUUUCCUCAUGAUGCUUAUAAUGCAGUGGUUGCUUUGGAGUCUCUAAAAUGAAUUCAGAUGUGAAAGGUGGGGGUUACCCCCCAAAGCAAGUUAAGCUCAGCUUCUUCAGCAUUCUUCAGAAGCAAGGUGUUAGAUAGUUGCCAGCUUUUGUAGCAUCCGAAGUGGUCACUCGAGAAAUAGCUCUCUCGGUAGGCCAUGUCCAUUAUUUUGAAAUUUUGGAGAUCCAGUCCUAGCCCAGGCCCGGUGAGUAUUUGGACUAUAAAAUGUUUUCCCCUAUAUUUCAAGAGAGAAGCUUAUUUUUAUAUUAAACUGAUGGGACCUGGUUAAAUAAUUAAAUUUUUUUUUCAUGUUGCCAGUUCUACUUUCUAGACUCUCUCAUGUGCUUGCCCGAAACUCUGAAUGAUUUUCAGGUUGGGGCAAAACCCAUAUAUAACACUGUUUGAUAUGUAGCACUGUGCAAAUGUCGGGUUUCUCCUGCUGCUUUGGUGAAUGUUUGCACAAUCUGGUCAGUGCAGCUAAUCUGCCAGAAUGUAGGGGUAACCAUCUCGGAUGUAUGAGCUACUGCGAGAGCACCAGUGCCCCGGAUGUACAUUUGUUGAGUGUAUUCUUGAAAGUAUUUUGUUUAUGUAUUUCAGUUUAAAUGGUGUUGGGUUUCCCUCCCCCAAAGUGUGCAUAAAAACUGGUUCUACAAAUUUUUACUUGAAGUACUGGGCAGUUUGCUUUUCUAGCUUGUUUUGUUUUGUUUUGUAGUAUUAAAUGAAAUUUUAAAUGCACAGUUGUAUUUCAUAUUUGAACUCAUUCAUAGUAUAUUUGUAAAAGCUAAAGCUAGAGUUAAAACAAUGUGUUUUACAAUGAUUUGUAAAGGACUAUUUAUAGCUAAUAUGGUUUCGUUUUCAAUGAAUUAAGAGAGAUUAUAUCUUUGUAAAUUAUUUUAUGUUGUAGCUUAAUUGCUCUACCAAAUAAGACAUCUCAAAUAUAGCAGUAUAGUGUAUGAAUUUUGUAAGUAUAAGAAAUUUUAUUAGACAUUCUCGCUUUUUGUAAACGCUGUAAAUAUUUCAUAAAUUAACAAAGUGUUACUCUAUUAAAAAAAAAAGCUAGUACUAAUUGCUUAAAGAAUUUUGUGAAAUUUCCUGAAAACAUUUUUCAUGGCAAUAAUGACUAGAGACCUGCUGUAAUAAAUCUAUUA